AUGUACUACUCACAACCAGUUGUUCAUACUACAACCACUUUUGCAUUUGCACCACCACAAAGAUUCACCACCUUUUGGUACUACAGUUUAUACACUCAAAUCCAACAAGCCCAAUUAUACGAAAUGCAAGCUUGGUUUAUGUCUGUCGAUUUAAAUAGAAAUGGUCAAAUCUCAGCUCAAGAAUUACAAUAUUUAAUGAUUGGUGGUACUCAUUUAGGUAUUGAAACAGCUUCCAAAUUAGUCAAAGUUUUUGAUUGCAACAGAAGUGGUCAAAUUGACUUUUAUGAAUAUGCAGCCCUCCAUCAAUUUAUCAAUAAUCUUUAUAGAUCAUUUUGUGCCAAUGACCGUAAUUUCUCUGGUACAAUUGAUGCACACGAAAUUCAUAAUGCACUUAUGACAAGUGGUUUCAAUUUACCAUUCCACACUGUUAACUAUUUAUUCUUAAAGAUUUCACCAUCUGGUUAUGGUCUUCUUUUCACCCAAUUCCUUAGUUUAUGUGGAACUGUUGCUUUAACUCGUUCAUUAUUUGAAUGGAACGAUCCAAUGCGUACUGGUAUGGUUCAUCUCAAUCUCACCCAACUUUAUGAUAUAGUUUCAAUUGUUUAAAUUGCAUUGUUCAAAAAUAAAAAAAAUAAAAAAAAAAAACCUUAAUUUUAAUUUUGUAAAAUAAAAAUAUCUUUUUUUUUUUGAUCACAAAAGAAUGAUCAAAAAAACUUCUGUGGG